AUAAGGUGUGCCAGGAGGUGGGGGAGCACAGACAAGGGGUGCUCCUGAGACUGCUCCAUGCUGAGAAUGUUCAUUGUAACUAACAGCCACAGACAAAAAGCAGCAACUUCUCGUCGUACAGUAUAUGUCUCCUGCUGCUGCCGCCGUCAGCAUCUUAGUUGAACAAACAGAAAGAGAAGCAGCAAUGAAGGGGACAGCAGCUCCUAGCCAGAGACUACUCACCACCACGGUCCUGUAGGCAAGCUAUACAGAACGGAAAUACAAGUACUCGUCUCCUUUGUGAUGCUGAACCAAUUGGCUGAAAUGUGAGAUAGUUGCAGUCUUUUGCUAGCUUCCUUGUUAUUCUCUUCUUAUUUUAUUCACCUAUCUUCUGCCGCGAUUUCAGUGUGAUUGGGAUUUGCCAGAAGGCACGGAAUAGCGGAGCCUGCUGCGUAGCCCCUUAGUUGCUGCUGGAUUUCCCGAGGAAGAAGUUCAUGCUUAUGGUGUGAGUGGCACUUCCCCACGCAGCCUCCUGCCGUCUCCACAUCUCACUCUCCCUUGUCUCCAAUGCUCUUAUUUCGCUGUAUGGGCGCAUAUUACAUUGGAUCAGGAUGGAUAGACAUGUCCUAUCUCUCAUACAGCUGUUCCUGUCCGUGGUGUGUGGUGGAUUACAACAACCUGCACGCAAGUGCAAUGAAACUUAUAUGAUGGAAAAAUUACCUGAAUGUGGGCAACAUUUUGAAAUGCGGAUGAAUACCGUACAGCAAGACUUGUGGUGCAACCUGACCGAAUUCAUCACGUAUUAUGACCUUUUUUCAUUGUGUACAAAGUUGACAGCUGAAGAUGGGGGUUGCUUUUGGCCAAACACCCUGGCAGAACGAUUCAUCACUGGAAUUCACAGACAAUUUUUUUCAAACUGUUCUUCAGACACAGUGUCAUGGGAAGAUCCUCCAGAUGAAAUUCUCACAACUCUUAUUCUAGUCCCUAUUUUCUUGACUGCAGCAAUGAUCAGUUUAGUGGUAUGGUGCAGUAAAAGAGGUGAUGUUUUUGGAUGAACCAAUUUCCUUGGGAUUUGGAAAAUCCUAUGACUAGAAAUGAAGCAUUGGAGGAAGAACAGCCAUCCUAAGAUAAUAAACGACUCUUAAAAUGGACUGACUUUAAUAUGUUUCUGGCAUCUUUGUAAUUCUUACAAAUACAAAAACCACUGUUGACAUAAUGCCAACACAGGUUUUUUUUAUGUAGCAUAAAUUAACUGCUUUUAAUAUGUUUUCAAUUUUGUACUUGGCAUUACUAUUUGUCACUUAAUUCACUCUGGUAUAUAGAAACUUUGUAUAUAUAUAUAUAUAUAUAUAUAUAUAUAUACAUACACAUCACAGAGUUUGGUGGUUGUGUAAACGUCUAUAGUAGGGGAAUAUACAAGGUCAUAGCUGGAAUUUACUGAACAACAGAUGUUCAUAUUAAACUUUGUUCUAAUUAAGCACAUUGUAACCAAGCAACAAAAAAGUAUUUUGUGUGUCCUGUUUCUUUGUAAGACAGUUAUAGAAUUACAUAUUCAAGCAUCAAUUCUUGUUAUAUAUACCAACAAUAACAUUAAUAUUUGGAGCUUUAUCUCUGUUAAUGCUUUUAUUACCUUGCCGAGAGACAAAAAUAGUUAUUUCUUUCAUAAAUAACAAACUGCUAUGAUACAGAAUAUAUGAUGCCUGCAAGCCCAAGCACAACCUAUACGUCCACUUCAUGCUAGAAUGUGUCUGUGAUCUGUAUUUGUACAUAACAGGUGACAUUUAAGAUAUGUGGUGUUGUAAUAGUAAUAUGAUAGAAUGUAUAUUAUUUUCGCACCAAGUUUCUUAAAUGCCCAAUUCUGUCAUAAUUAAUGAAGUAAUUGUUCAAAUAUGCAUAUAAAUGUGCAUAAGCUAGUAAAAAAAAAAAUACCGUGAAAUAUUAAGGUUCAUCGGUUCAUGACAUGAAUUAUCUGAGUAUCAUUUUUUUCAAAUUGUUUGUGCUUGCAGUGGUGCAGUGAUCACAUAGUGGUUUGUGCAAUGGAAUGUAUUAUGUGUAAAAUUGCUGCAUAUAAGAUACAUAGCAUUUAGCCCUGUUCUUAAUAUAUAUUUAGAUAUGUUUAAUCUGCAUUUUUCAAAUAUGUAUUUGUGACAUAACAGGAAUUAUAAUCAUGGUUCAAUGCAAAUGAAUGCUGAAAUACAAAUCGUACUGUACUGUAGAUGCUUCAAAGGUUUUUUUUAGUGAUCUAAUUGAAAUACUGUACAUGUGAGUGUUCAACUGCAAUGCUACAUGCUAAAUUCAAUACUAUGGAAUAAGAAGCCUUCUACAAUAGUGCAGUGCAAAGCAAGUUACUGUAAAAACACAUAAAAAUACGAAUAUGUUCUAUUUGAUGAUCAAUGUUUUUGAUUUUCAUAUCCAUUUAUAUACACUUAACAAACACUAUAUAUGAAUCUUAAAUUCUGAAAUGUAAUGCCAAAGGGCCUAAUUCAUACCUGGUCGCUGCAGCGGAAGCGUACGCAUGCUGAAGCCCUGUCCAGUGUGCGCACCCGCAGCAGCUGCACUGCGCGUGCGCACACAAUGAGAUGCGAUGGAAUCUCACUUGUGCGAUCACCUCUGCCUGAUUAACAGGCAGAGGCAGUCGCAGGGCGCGUCGUCGGCGAUGUGGCAGCGCUUUCGGGGUGCUGUCUGUACAACGCAGGUGUGUUUCUAUGUAGUCAUUGCAAUUUCUCAUUGGUCCUCCCCCUGACAAUCCCCCUGUUUGGUAGCCAUUUUGAAAUGGUGACUAAAAUGUUUACUAUUCUAGCUGAUUGUGAAGCUUUAAGUAAUUUUGUAAAGUAGUUGUAAGAAAGUUCAUUCGUAACUUGGUAUUUUAUUAAAAAAUGAAGUUUCAGAUGCAUAGUUUCAAAAUAAAAUGAUUUUUAAAUAGGAAGGUUCCCUGCUUGUGUGCUAAUGAAGGUUACAGUCCAACCAAUUACUCUAUCCUAGAAGCACUAACCACAAAAUAAGCUAAUUGAAAUUCACAAGAACAUAUUUUUAUUUGAUUUUUUAACAAAAAUCACCUAAAGAUUUCUAAAUCCCAGCAGCUAUAUAUUAGGCAAGCUUGGUCCUUAUAUACCCAAUUUUAAAGUUUUUAUUAUAGAAAGCUUCCACCAUUUCUGCACUCUGCAUUGUUUGUGAUUUACUGAAGCACAUACAGUUUUGCUAGAAGCUGAGACUAUGGGGUUUGAAGGAACAAAUGUAUUUAUUCCAAACAAAUUUCAUCAGUCUGAAGCUUAUGUUAUGUACAUGAUAAAUUUAAAAAGGUUACAGCUUUUAAAAUAAUACUGUUGCAACAAAAAUAACUGGUAGUUUGUUAUUGUACAAUAAACAUUUCCUGUUAAAGUGUUAAAUGUAUGUUUAUCCUAUGAAUGUGAAAAAUUCAUAAAAAACAGUUAUUUUGCAGACGCUAAAUAAAUAUACACAGCCAUUAACUUCAGCCUUUUGUAUAUUAUGUUGCUGAUGUAGAGUUGGACACAUUUUGUCUCAGAAAUGCACUAGAAAAAAGGGCUUAUAAAACAACAAAAGACAAAUUUUUUGCAAGUUGCGUAAUUGGACGACUCUUAAGAUGCAUCUGGCUCUGCAUUGAUAUCAUAUGUGCUAGAUGUAUGCUAGAAAAGAACAGUAGUCUUUGCACCAGGCUGAGCGCAGAUCCAGCCAAGAAGGGGGGUAUGGGGUAAUGCCACAACAGGGAGGCACUCAGUGUUGGGUCCCCCUGCCAUAACAUUAAACAGCCCCUCCAAGCCAGUCAGCCCAGGGCUGGAAUUCCUUGGAAAGUGGGACCCCCAAAAAAAUAAAAAUGGGGUCCCCCCUCCCGAGCAACAACCAGCACUGGGCUGAUAGCCCAGUGCUAUGCUCCGCACCCCUGGUGGCGGUGGGUGCGGGGUUCGUUGUAUGCUAAUAUUGUUCUUUACAGGCGGCCUACAGGUCCCAGCAUGCCGGCACUUUGAGAACCACAAGUGCCAGCAUGCCCAGACAUAAAGGGCCCGCUGGCACCUGUAGUCCACCUGUAAAGACAAUCUGAAACUAAAACACCACACUUUUAAAAAAAAAAUAUAUAUUAUUCAGGGCUUCCCGGCGUCUUCCUCUGGAAGGCGGCAGCCUUAAAGCUCUUUUGCAUGGCUGCCACCUCCCCAGGGCUUCCGACGUCUUCAACUGAUGGAUGGUGGCUGUUAAGCUCUUUUGCAUAGCAGCCGCCCAUCCAGGACUUUCGCCGUCUUCUAACUUCAGGAGCUCGUCACUGCUCCUCCUCCGCCGUUGGACUGAUGCCGCUGCCUCGCGCUUACUUAUAUAAAUCAGGAAGAGGGGGCGGGGCGAUGACACGGCGAGCCGUGAUUGGCUCAAGGUGGCCAUUUUGAAUUUCCAAAAUGAGGCUGAGGCGCCAUUUUUGAAAUUGGUACCACCCUGCUGCCAAACUCUGCAGAAUGGCAGGUAGGGAUCUCGGAUCCCUGCCUCCCUCUUUGGAUAUCACCUCCGCUCAUCCCGCAACCAAUGAUGCGCGCACCUUUGCUGCCUCUGACGCCCGCACCUCCGCCGCGUCCCGCCGUGCCCACCCAGUGAUGACAGUGGAUCAAAUGACAGAUCCGCUGGUCAAUCAUUCUGGCCUCACUGACAGGGGUGUACUUUCAUGGGUUGAAAGCACGUCCCUGUAUCAAAGCGGCACUUUAGUAGGUGCCGCUUUGCACUUAAUUUUCAAUGGGCUUUUACUGCCCAUGGCUUGGUCCUGCCCCCCGCUCCAGCCCCUUUUCCAUUCACAACAGGAGGUACCACGAUCGGUGCCUCCCAAACACAUUUAAACUGCUUUUAAUGAUUAGAUUGAUAUAAAGGAGAUACUAAUGACACAGAAUAUGUGUCAUAAAUAUCUUCUUUGUAUUAUUUUAAUCAUUAAUGACAGGGGAGGCACUGCCUCCCCUGCCUCCCCUGACUGCACCUCCCUGAAUAGAUGUGGCUUGAAAGUGGUAAUAGUAAAUGUACCAAGCCUAGGAGAGAGAUAAAGUGGAGAGAUAAAGUACCAGCCAAUCAACUCCUAACUUCCAUGUUACAGGCUGUGUUUGAAAAAUGAGAUAGGAGGUGGUUGGUUGGUACUUCUCUCUCCACUUUAUCUAACUCCAAGGCUUAGUACAUAUUGUAGGUAGUGGCGGAACUAGCGAGUGAUGGGCCCAGGUGCAAAAAUAUGCUUUGGGGCCCACCUCCGAUGCUAAACAAAAAGGAGCAGUUAGUGCCUAGUUGCAAUGAGUGCUUGUCGCCAUGCCCCCUCUACAGCAGAAUUUUCCUCACAUGCACCCUUGUGCCCCAAAUGCCCCCAUUUACCGCCAGCAUCUGUCACAUACCCCCCUGUGUGCCCAAGAUGCCCCCUGCAUCUCCCUGAUAUAUAACCAAACACCUACAGCACAGGGGUGUCUGGAAUACUCCUACUGUUGCCAGCAGUGUGGUUAUGUGUUAACGUUGAACUAUGUAGGAGCCCCUAACUUUAAAAAUUAUGUACAUAGGUUACUAGGGAAAUACAAGUAACUUUAUUACUAAUAAUUUGCCACCCAUUUAGUAUAGUAAUUGAAAUACUCUGUAAUAAUAGUAAUACAUGCUUCCCAACUUUGAAGACUACCGAGAAGAGACAUAUGCGCACACGAAAAUUAAGGGAUGUGCAGGGGAAGUGGCCUCGUCACAGUGGGCUAUGCCCAGUGCUCUGUUAGCUGCUGCCCCUGUCCCUAUCUCCCAUGGAUAUUCACUGCUGCUCUGCUAAACAGAGCAGAGAGUGACAGGGAGCCUCCCAACUGCCCCCUCUGUGGGACAUUGUAGUCCGUGGGUGGGACAGUGGGACAGCGCCCAAAAAAUGGGAUUGUCCUGCCAAAAUCGGGACAGUUGGGAGGUAUGGUAAUAUGAGCUUCAUUUAGUAGAACUGUAAUUUAAUCCCUUUGGUAAAAUGAUGAUAAUCUACUCCCCCCGGAAAAAUAGUCUGUGCCCCAUUUAGUGCAAUAUUAACAAUAGUCUCUGACUAAUUCAGUACAAUAAUAAUAGUGUGUGCCAGGAUGCGCUCAGCAUCCCGGUGGUCAGGAUGUCAGCAGUCAUGUGACCGAGGCCGGAAUCCCGACACUACUCAGGAGACCGGUUUCGGGACUGUGACAACUGACAUCCUAAAGGUAAGUACCGGUGAACGGAAUAGGGCCCAGGGGUGGGGGGGAGAGGGGUAAAGGUAGGCACUAGGAGGGUUAGGGUUGGAUACUGGGGUGGUGGUUAGCCCUAGCUGACAUCCCCUGAGAGUUAGCCCUAGCUGCCAUCCCUGGAGGGUUAGGGUUAGAGUAGUGAAGUGGGGAGGGUUAAAAUACUUAUCUCCUCCAAUGUUGGAUCUUCAGUCUCUUGAUGCAGCUGUCGGUCAUGUGACCGCUUGCAUCCCGACCACCAGUAUUUCAUACCAAACCCUGUAAGCCCACUCAGUACAAGAACAUUAGUGUGUACCUACUCAGCACAAUAACAAUAAUGGGUUGUGCCACUCAGUACAAUAGCAGUACUGUGUACCCAUUCUAUUGGUAGUGUACUGAGUGGGCACAUUCCAUUACUGUUAUUAUACUGAGUGGGCACAGCAAUAACAAACAAAAACAAUAGUGUGCCAACUCAGUACAAUAACAAUAGUGUGUAACUACUCAGUACAAUAACAAUUAUGGGCUGUGCCCAACCAUUAUAAUAACAAUAAUGGGCUGUGCCCACUCAGUACACUAACAAUAGUGUGUACCAAUUCAGUACAACAACAAUAAUGUGCUAUGCCCAUUCAAUAACUUAAACAAUUAUCCUCAUCCAUUUUUUUCUGUAGAGUAGUGCAGUAUAACAAACCCCCCUCCCCACUGUACAUACUAUUUGGCCUUAUUCUCCCAAGAAAGCAUUGAGAUCAGCAAUGCUAAUUUGCUGGCUCCUCCCACUCUCUAGUGCAGGACAGCCUCUGCCUCUGGAGUGGCUGAGCUGUCGAUGCUGUGCCCUGUUUUGCUGCUCGAACGUCCCUUCAUUGUGCUCACUACUCCAUGCGGGCGGAUGUGGGCCCUUUGAUUACUGACAGUAGUUCCGCCUCUGACUGUAGGCCCCAAAUAAAUGUUAAAAUCAAAUGCCAAUACAAAAUAAAAGUACUAAUUAACUACAAACCUUGAUUUUUCUACACUUUAAAACCUACAUGGGAGCUUGCUUUCAUGUUGUAAAUAUCAAAAAGAUCAAUCAAUCAGAAGUAUCUGCUUGUAGGGGAGGUGGUUGAUAGACAGUCAAAAGGUUGACAAUCAAAAGGUUGACAGGGUCAAAAGGAUCAAAGGGUCGACAGGGUCAAAAAGUUGACAGUCAAAAGGUCGACGGGGUCAAAAAGUUAAUAUAUGGUCGACGUGUUUUUUCCACAUUUUUACAACCUUUGCUGCAUUUGCUAUUCAUGUCACAAACUAUUACCUUUAGUAACCUUGCGGUGAGCGAAGCGUGGCAGGGGACACAUUUCAUCAAAUUUACUAUCCAUGUCACAAACCAUUACAAUUAGUAAUCAAGUCCGAAGUGUGGCGAGCGAGCGCAUUUCAAGAAAUUGGUGUAAAAAAUGUUUUAAAAUAAUUAACACCGCAAUUUUUGUGUGUGAUGACCUUUUGACCCUGUCAACCUUUUGUUGACCCUGUCUACCUUUUGACCCUGCCGACCUAAUGUCUAUGUUUUUAAUGUCUAAUCUUCUUUUUCACACCCGCUGGUAGUCAUUAUCAUCAGUGUGUAUUUUGCUCUAUGAGAUGAGCACCUGUAAGAUAUACCUCCUGAGGUGUAUACAGUAUGUAUCUGUUUUGUACACUGCAUGAUGCAAUUAUGUGAAUAUUUCCUUAUUGUACUCUGCCAAAACUUGCACACCACCUCCAUCGUACAUUACCCCAGUCUGAUUAAUGAGAUUUAAAAAUAAUGUCUAUGGGUCAAUAAAUCUACAGGAAAAAGGACAACAGCCAUUAGGUCAACACCAAUUGGUCUACAUGCACAUGGUUGGCAUGAUCAAAAGGUCAACAGUAAUAAAAGGUAAAUGGAAAAAGGUCGACAGGUACUGUACAAAAGGUCGACAGAAACAAAGGGUCGACAUGACAAUGGUUGACACACAAAUGGUUGAAGCCCAUUUUAUGGGGGGGGUAGAGUUUGUUUCUGUUCUUACCUGUGACCACCAUUAGUUAUAACGCAUCACCUCGCAGGCUCGCUGCGCUUGGACACUGUGUCUUGUUUUGCUCCGCUUCACUAGCCACAAGGUUACUAAAGGUUAUGAUUUGUGACAUGGAUAGUCGAUGAAGCAAAAGUUGAAAAAACAUACCCCCCCCCAAAAAAAAACAUGUGUCGACCAUUGUCAUAUCGACCAUUUGAACCUGUUGACCAUUUGAAAAUGUCAACCUUAAGCAUUGUCUACCUUUUACCUGUCAACCUUUUGUACCUGUGGACGUAGGGCAUGUGGACCAUAUGGUGUUGACCUAAUGACUGUCUAUCUGGACACUGUCGACCUAUAGUACAAAUACCAAAAACAAUGUGUGCCCGAAUGUACAUACUGAAUGUAUGGAAGCAUAAUAGUUUUAUGAACAGCAUGUAGUUAUGUAACCGGUGGUCACAAUACUUCCUCCUACAUCCCGCCUCCUUAGAAUACCGACAGUGGCAUGCAGACUAGCUGGGACUAUUCCCACUCGUGGUUUUCCACGACACCCAUAGAGUGGGAAUACAACCUGUGGCGAGCAUCCCCCUCUCCCACCGGCCAUCUAGAUUCCGGGAUCCCAGCGUCGGUAUGGUGGCCGGCGGUUUCCUAAAUGCUGGUCACACAUACCCUACCCUUUUGCACAAGCACAGUACAAAGUUACACAAUCUGUUGUCUUCCAACUUUACAUCAGCUCCUAUAUCUGUUAAUGUACGUAGCAAAAAUUGUUCAAGUUUUCAGCACAGAUUAUGUAUUAUAUUUGUGUUUACAUUCUGCCAUUGCUAUUUUCUUUACUUAAAGUUAAAUAAAAUUACAGUAAAUGUGCUAUUUUCAG